AAGGGGGAGGCGCGUCCUUCCUUUCCUUGGAUCACUAUCAUCACUGCCGAGCACGUGAGCAGCACCGAUACAUGAAUGAGCAUUACAGUGGCACUCAGUUCCUUCCGCCUACCAUCUGUGAUUAGUAAGCACCGUCUCUCACUCUCCUUAAUUUUUUUUUAAUUUUUCUUUAGGAACUCAAGAUGAGCGACCCGGACGCUAUAAUGUUCCUGCGGCUCCGCUACGACGCCUUGUUGGCCACAAACAACAACAUGGAGAAGCUGGUCGACUGCCCCGACCUGGUGGUGUUCCGCACAGAGAACCACGAGCUGAGCACCAGGGUGCUGAGGGCGCCCAACCCGUACCGGCGGUACAUCGGCGCCGACAUGGCCGAACUGUUUCUGCAACAGGAGCUGGACAAGAUCUCCCUGCUGCGCAAGCCCCUGGACGGUCAGGAGUGGUGCCUGAGCUUCGCGCUGGGCGGCCUCCUCUUCCGCUACCACCUGGGGCUCAGCUUUGGAGACGACGCCCAGACAGGGCCGCAGGAGAUCUCCCUCUCCGAGGUGUGCGAGCGCUUCUCGGUGCGGCGCUUCGAGGACCUGCGCACGCUGUCGUUCUAUGCCAUGGAGCACACGAAGCACACCUGGGUCGCCUUCGACGACGACUGGUCCCUGACGCGCAAGGUGGACGAGCCCGGCGGGGACGUGGCCGGCGGCGACCAGCGACCGAGCGGCGGCCGGCAGCUGGACCUGGGCUUCGGCAUCUACGAGAUGUGCCCCUUCCCGCUGAGCUUCAUGCACGCGUGCGAGACGAGCGACCAGUGCAAGCAGACCGGCUGCUGCGCCAUGCACGCGUUUCCCGGGACGCGCCGGUGGCAGAGGCCCUGCUGCGUCGUCUCGCGACUCGUCACGCUGGCGCGCCUCACCGGCUCGUGCAUCAAGAGCAAGGCCACCCGGCCAGAGUCCGCGUGCCCUGCCAACUUAGUGGUAGACGAGUGCGGCGACCCGUGCAUCGGCAACGAGGACUGCAAGGAACCGGGACUCGCCUGUUGCCGCUUGAGCUGCGACGACGAACGAGGAUCCUUUUGCUACGCCGUGCACGACAACCGCUAGAGCAUCCGUCCUACAAACUAUUUAUUGCCCAGAGCCACCAGGUGCCACCUGCCCCCCUCCUCGCCCAUGUGCAGCGCUCAACCAUUAGUGCCAAAUAAACUUCUCGACCAACAA